GCUGUCAAAGUGCAAUUGCUCCUGUUCAAAUGUUCACUCUGCGGGAUCAAAUUUGAGUGGAAGAUCAUGAGUGAACGCGCUUUUGAUGUUGUUGUGGUUGGCUCCUGUAUGACUGACCUGGUGAGCCAGGCACCAAGGCUACCGAAAGCAGGAGAAACCAUCCAUGGUCACAAGUUCUUCAUUGGCUUUGGAGGGAAAGGAGCCAACCAGUGCAUUCAAGCAGCCAGACUAGGGGUCAAGACUGCCAUGAUCUGCAAGGUUGGUAAAGACUUCUUUGGAGACAAUUAUAUCCACAACUUCAAGGAGAAUGAUGUACACACAGACUUUGUUUGGCAGACUUCAGAUGCAGCCACAGGAGCUGCUUCAAUCACAGUCAACGAUGCAGGUGAAAAUGCCAUUGUUAUUGUGGCUGGUGCCAACAUGCUUUUGGGUGAAGAGGAGCUGCAGCAAGCUCUUCCUGCAAUCAGAAAAGCAAAAGUGUUGGUGUGUCAACUGGAGAUCAGUUCACAAACUUCCUUCCAGGCUCUGCAAAUGGCUCAUGACAACAAAGUAAAGACAAUCUUCAACCCUGCGCCGGCCGUCCCUGACUUGGAUUACAGUUUCUACAGAGCAUCGGAUGUGUUUUGCUGUAAUGAGUCUGAGGCAGAGCUGCUGACCGGUUACUCAGUGAAUAAUGUGGAGGACGCUCAUCAUGCCGCUCAGGAACUGCUGAGGCGAGGCUGUGCAGCGGUCAUCAUCACUUUGGGACCCCAAGGCUGUGUGGUGCUCAAGGCACAGGAUAAAACUUCAACCCAUGUACCGUCUACUGCGGUCAAAGCAGUGGACACGACAGGAGCUGGAGACAGCUUCAUUGGGGCGCUGGCGUUUUACAUGGCUCACCACCCCGCCAUGCCUCUGGAGGAGAUGGCGCGUAAAGCCAAUCGGGUGGCGGCGGUGAGCGUGCAGGCCGUCGGCACCCAGACGUCCUUCCCAUUCAAACGGGACUUGCCAGUGGAGCUGUUCUGAGACUUUUCUCUUUAACUGGACCAUGUCUUAAUUGGCUGAACUGUCUCCUGAGAACAGCUACACUAAGAAACACAAAACAAAGUAUUUAGUGGACAUAAUUUAUUGAAUGAACCCAAACUGACUGCAUUUCACACAAGUUUGAAGCAGCAUUUUGAAAUGUUUGAUACAUCAGGGUAUUUGUGUUGGUCCUUUCUUCUUCGUUCAUUCAUUCAGCAUCAUGUUAAACUUCUACAGAUGCUUUUAAUCAAUCUCGAGGAGAUUUUCCAUUAAGCAGCGGCCAAUCAGAAUCCUUUCCCAGUCAGUGCUUUGUAUGAUCCGUGUAAAUAAAACUGUUCAGAAAAUGUC